UAAACGAGGCGACAUGGGAGCGAGGUUUCUUCCUGUUGUUUUGCGCGGAGAAAAAUGGCUACCGGCAACUCGAGUUCUGGCGUCCCUUUGGGUCUUCAGCAAGCGUUAAAAGAGUUACAUCGGAUGCUCUCACAAAUCCAGGAAGAAAGGGGCAGGAGUGCAGAUAAUUUGAAUAAUAUUAAUAAAACACACGAAAAGAUGAAAAAUGACAAUAAGGUUUCAUCCUAUUUCAAAAAUAAACUCAAGGGUCUGUAUAACACAGCAAUCUCAGAUGCUAAAGGAGAAAUAGACCUCAUACAGCAAGCAAUGGACAAAAUAACAGAGAUAAAAAUAGCGCGAAAUGAGAAGCAAGGUAGCUCCAAAUCAGGUUUUAAUCAAGAGGAGCCCAGGAAGGGAAUGAGAAGGGGUGUUCUUAUGUCAAUGCUCCAAAAAGCUGCAUCAACACUUCCAACCUGGACAGGACGUCAAGGAGAAAGUGCUCCAGCUCUUUGUGGAUGCAUUCCUGCCGAUUCUGCCUAUGUCUGUCGUCCUUCGGCUCACGUAGCUGCGAGAGUAAAAGGGAGUGAUGGGGAGGAGCAGUGGAUUCUUGCAGAAGUCGUUGCUUACAAUCCGUCCAACCAGAAGUAUGACGUAGAUGAUAUCGAUUACACAGAAGAAGACGGAAAAGCAAGCCAAGAGCGACAUCACCUGAGCAGACGGCGUGUUAUUCCGCUGCCUCUCUGGAAAGCAGACCCAAAUCGGAAUCCAGAGGCCAUUUUCCAGCCAAAUCAGCUGGUGAUGGCUCUGUAUCCUCAAACCACGUGUUUUUAUCGAGCGCUCAUUCACGAACCACCAAAAACAACCCAAGAUGACUAUUCUGUGUUGUUUGAAGACACCUCGUAUGCAGACGGGUAUUCGCCACCCUUAACUGCGCCGCAGCGUUAUGUCGUCCAAUACAAAAAGAAAUAACUUUAACGUUUCGACUUUAUAUAACUUUAUAAGAUCAAUGCUAUUAAUUAUUGUAAUCAUGUAUGUUUCGUGAUUUUCUUGUGGGGGUCUGUGCCUAAAAGCUUUGUACAAGAGCAUAAACCUUUCAUGUCCGAUUCGCAGAGGGCAUAAUUUAUGAAUGAUAUGUUCAGCAACGCCUCUCGCGAUCAUUCACCAGAAGAAAUUCGUGAUUUUUGCAUUUUGGGGAAGCCAUUGAAGCUGUCUUUAGUAUGAAAUAAAUGUAGUUAAGAUGACGUAUUUGUCUUUGUUAUACCCAAAUCCUCACAAAAAACUAAACUCUCGGAGAUUUUUAACGAUGAUUCUCCAGAGUAUCCGUUCUCGAUUUCCUUUUGUUUGUGUAUCAUUACUCCAAAAGUAAGAGAUGGUGUCUAAGAUUUCAUAAUGUUGAGAUUUUUCAGGUUAUAAAUGCAACAGUACACAUUCAAAUGGAGCUUCAAGAGUUUUGAGUCAAAUUUAGGGGGUUCAGAAGAAUUUUACCGAUUCCUAUAUAAAAUAGUCGUUUAUAUUUUACCUUCCAAUAUUGUACAAUCCAUUCUAAAUGAAUAACAUUACUUGAUGCCAUCCAUGUUAGUUAAGAAAUUAUUAAAGCUCUCAAAUUGUUGUGAACAUUCGAGACAGAAACUCGAAAAUUGCUCUUUUGAUGAAUGAAAAGUCUUCCCUUUUCAUUGAGAAGAAAGCUAUGCCAGUAGAUUCUGAUUACCUGCUAAAGUUUUAAAAUUACAAAGAAACAUAACUGUGCCUAAGUAAGCCUAAGUAAAAAUAAUAAUAGAGCCUAAGUAAAAAAAUUGUAACUCAUUUACUUGCGGUAUCCUUUCUCCAAACAGCUUUAUAAAUAUUUCAAUUUUAAUCAUAAUGGACCAACAGAGUUGAAGUUGCGGAGGAAGUUACAUUCCAUUCCCCCAAUGUAUGCCCCUCCUGUGAGCGAUGCCUCAUCAAGUAUUUGAAUCAAAUUAUCAAACGUAUCCAGUUUUAUAACCUAAUAACGCCUUUACCUUCGACACUGGGUUUCUUAAAUCAGAAUCUGAAUGAUCAAAUGUGGUAAUUAAAGUUUGAAAGGAAUUGAGAAUUACUUGUCAAAAUAUCGAAAAAACCUUCUAUGGGUACUACCUCAUGUAUCGUGCAUUAGGUAUGACUUGCAAACGCCUGUCCGUUUUAAUGAUGUCGUAAUAGGUUCUCCACAAGAAUACUAGUACCCUUCUAUUAAACAUGUAAUUUGCGUUUGUUAAGAGUAAGCUACCAAGGGUCACAAGUGAUUCUGGUACCCAGGCUUACAGCAAGCUAGAAAUUGAAGAAAAUCAUAUUGAACGAAACUGAGUAAAGGCUAAUGCUAGCUGGCAAAUUGAUUCCUACCUGAAAUGAAAUUAUAUUAGGACAACCAAAGAAAAAUACCAAAUUCCCUCGUUUAAAACAAUGUUGCAGAUUUAAAUUUAAAAUGCUUCUGCCGUGGUACUAACGUGUUCUACCCCUAUCUACAAAUAUACCCUAAAGUCGAAAUAUAACAUUUCUUGUUGGGAAAAAUUCCACAUAGAAAUUGUAUUGUUCAGGUACCACAUAGAAAUUGUAUAAUCCAGGUACCACAUAGAAAUUGUAUAAUCCAGGUACCACA